CUACAUCCAGACAAACCUGAACUCUUUCUUCUGUUAAAUGCGCCCAAAAACAAGGUCAGGUUCUAAAAGAAAUUGAAGAUUUAAUUUACUCGGUGUCCAUCUGUUUCCAAAACCACUUCACUUAUUGUCAAAUAGUUUCUUCGAACCUUGAAAUUCAACGAUCCUAGAGAGGACGGAGCAAGCAAAAUGCCGGAGAUUCCUAGUAUCGAAGCCAUGACCAAUGCUGUGGCAGGAAAGGGGCAUAUGUCUCGACCAGCACCAACGUUUGCGCAAAGUGAAUAUAAUGUUGGGAAAUACCUUGCAUAUCGUCUGGAGGAGAUUGGGAUCAAAGACUAUUUUGUCAUCCCCGGGGAUUUUAACUUGCUGCUCCUGGAUCAGAUACUGAAGAAUGACAACCUCCGCCUGGUGGGCUGCUGCAAUGAGUUAAAUGCUGGCUACACUGCCGAUGGCUAUGCUCGGUCUUCACCACAAAGGGUCGCUGUCGUCGUCGUCACUUUCAUGGUAGGAGGGCUGUCGCUUAUCAAUGCGAUUGCAGGUGCGUAUUCCGACAGAGUAAGGGUUAUCGUGGUCUGUGGAGCACCUCCAUCAGACACAUUCGGGCAAGACAGUUUGAUCCACCAUACCACCGGCCUGAAAGAUCGAGACCAGGCCCUUCGCAUGUUUGAGCAAGUCACCGCCGCCUCUGUCCGGUUGGACCGCACAGCAAACGCCACGGCGAUCUUGGAUGGAGCGCUGAUCGAAUGUCUCGACAAGUCACUGCCGGUUUAUAUCGAGGUUCCAAUCGAUAUUCCACAGAUGCCAUGUGAAUCCCCUAUGCCUCUCAUUGUCCGGGGCCCUCCAAUUCCAUCGCCUAACAGCGUUCGACAUGCUUUCAACGUCUUCGGCAGUCAUUGGAGAGCUGCCAAACGCCCAGUGAUUAUUGUAGGUACGCUGGCGCGACACUCCCUUGCCACGGACAGGCUUGUCUCCCUAGUCGAGAAGCUAGGAUGCCCCGUCUUUUGUCAACCGGAUGCUAAGUCUGUGUUUCCCGAACCACAUCCCCAAUUCCAAGGUACGUUUUGGGGAAGCGCUUCAGAUGAGGCAUGUCUGGAGAAAGUCAUGAGAGCAGACUUGUGGGUGGAAGUUGGAUCCCGUUGGUUUGACUACCACAUGGUCAAGAAACCUAAGCCCCCACAGGUGGCUAUCCAGCCAGAUCACCUUCGGGCCCCAGACGGUGGCUCCAUCAAUUCCAUCACGAUAGAGGAUGUGUGCGAUACCAUUAUCCAUUCCGAUCUCAACAGUCACUAUACGGAGCCCAACGUAUCGACCAGCGACGUGAAAUUAAUCCGAGAUGGGGAGGGUGUGCAUAAACCAAUCAACCAACCCCUAACAAGCGCAAGAAUCUUGGAAGGAAUUCAAUCGAUACUUAAACGGGGGAACACUCUGAUCGUCGAAGCCGGUGACAGUUGGUUCAAUGGGCAGAAAAUAAAGCUCCCGUAUGGAGUGGACUACCAGAAGCAGAUGAUGUACGGUUCAAUUGGAUGGAGUCUACCCGCUAUAUUGGGAUCGCAACUCGCCAGACCGGAUGGGCGGACGAUUCUGAUGAUCGGGGACGGGAGCUUUCAGAUGACGGCUCAAGAACUGAGCACGAUGAUUCGACUAAAGGCAAACCCUGUUAUUUUCAUCUUCAACGGCCUGGGAUAUAAAAUCCAGGUAAGUCGUCCAGUUGACACUAUUGAACCAUCUAACCAUUCGGACUGGUCAGAGUACAUUCCAUGACGGGCCCUACAACUACGUUAGCAACUGGAACUAUGCCCUCCUGGCCCAAUCCAUGUGCAAUGUAACCCACAGCCUCGGCAAUGGGAACGUAUUUCUGACAGACCAGGCGCGGCGAGAACAACACAAUCCUGCCAUGUUUGCCAUGCGCAUCAAAACCCACGAUGAACUACAUCUAGCACUCGAUCGUGUCCUCGGAGAACCGGAAAAGCUCGCUUUUCUCGAGUGCUGCAUUCAUCCGUCGGAUGUCAGCGACAGCAUGGUUCGAUUCUGCCAGGCAGCUGGCUCGAAAUAGAAGUGACACCCCGCAUCAGUACUGAUAACUGGCAAGCUAGAUUCUUCGAGUUUACUACAGGUCAGACCUUUGGAUCCAAGCUUCAAUACCCAGAUCAUAAGGAGUGAUGGAUAGCGCCAGAGUGUAGCAAACUAGACACAUUUUAUGUUUCAGUACACACUAAAUACAGA